AUGCAACAUCCUCAACUGAGCAAUUGGUCAUUCGAUCAAGCAUCAACAGCGCUUCAAAACCAAUACCCUCGUGCUAAAGAUGCCUGGCUAGAACAUGACAAAGAUAAUGGGAAAAAAACCAAUGACUUUCGUUCUCUGGCAAUAGCAUUGAUUAAAGGCGCUAGUAUUGGGUUAUUAAUCGGUGGCAUAUGUUUUGCUACUGUUCUCACACUCUGGUUAAGCACAACACCAAUGACCACGUCUACGAAAGCCAUCAUCGCCACAACUACAACUGCAACAACAACAACUGCUACUACUUCAACUACAAUAACAACAACUGCCACUACUUCAACUACGACCACAACAACUACAACUGCAACAACAACAACUGCCACUACUUCAACUACGACCACAACAACUACAAAAAAUACAACAACAACUACAACUACAUCAACUACGACAAAAUAA